AUAUAGGUUCAUUCAACUGAGCGGUAAUUUAACUUUCUAGCUAUAGCUUUAAAAACUCGAACUUAAAGUACUAUAUUUUGCUUUUCUAUUCCUGUUGACUAUGUAGUCAACUCAGAUGUGUGAAUUAGUCGUGCGGUGUGAUCCACAGAUUAACUGGGUACUAAUUUGAGUUGAUUAUACGAGCUUACUAUAGCAAGUGAUUUAGCUAUUAUGUCCUAAAAUAUCACGUCUUGAUUUCGGUUUGGAAAUUUUUGGAGUCGUUACUAGCGUUCUAGGUUGUUAAGGCUAUCGAGAUAUGUCUCGUUAGGCCAAUCUUAUAGCUGUUACUGAUUGAUAUGUUGGGUUUUGAUCUGACACAGCAACCUGUACCUUGUGGCAUGAGAUUUAUCAUCGGCAGAUUCGCCCGUGCGUAGUCCAUAGGAUAUUGAAAAAAAACGUUCGAAAUAUGUAGACGGUGUCACUUCGGGUUUGUUCUCAUCCUAGCAACCCUAUCUCAUUGAGCAAUAACUAUAUCUAUAGAUUUUGGUGUAGUGAUAGGUGUCGCACCUGGAAGCCUCUUUACGUACAUGUCUUAUAGUAAAGUGGACGGCUAUUUCAUCUUGUAAGUCUCGAAGGUCGUUUUCGUCUAACCACAGACCACUUUAUAAUUUAGACCUCUUUCUAACCAGAUAAGAUGCCAUAUGAAAACUUUUCUGUGUUGUAAAUUUACACUACCGCACAUGCGCAUGAAAAUCAAUAGAUAUACAUAUGAAUCUAUGGAUAGAUCUACAAAAAAACUUAUUUAUUAAUAAGUAAAAAACGUCCAACUGCUUAACUAAGAAUUAAGUACUAAAACGCUCUCUCAUUCCGGACGUUUUUUCAGCUGAUUUGUUCAGGGUUAGGACUUACCUAGUCAUCAUCCAUCCACGACGACUAGUAACUUGUUCUUUAGUAAAUUCUAGGAAUCUUUUAGUAAAUGUAUUUUUUUUCAAAGACUACAUCCGCUAAAUCUCCACCACUAUACAGUUUUACGUGAAAUUUGGAGUUUAUGGAAGUUUUUGGGUCGCAUCACCGUAGACGAAAUGUAUUCAGUCGCAGACAUCGACUUAAUUGAAGAUCGUUAUUAUAGAGAUUUACCAAGUUCUAAGCACAAUCUGUCUUUUGCUGGCUGCGGCUUUCUCGGAUUGUAUCAUAUUGGUGUUUGUUGCUGUAUUAAGCGUUUCGCACCCCAUCUAUAUCAAAAUAAACCAGUAUCUGGAACUAGUGCUGGUGCAUUAGCCGCAGCUUGUUUAGUGUGUGAUUUGGAUAUGGAUGUAUGUGUUCGGCAUAUUUGUAAACUCAUUGAAAACACGAGACGCUUUAUACUUGGUCCAUUUGAUCCCCGAUAUAAAAUAAGCGAAUAUUUGAAAGAUGGCUUAUCUCAGUUAUUACCACCAGAUGCUCAUGUUUUAUGCUCUGAUCGCCUUUCGAUAUCGUUAACGUGCUUCACUACGCGAAAGAACAUCAUCGUCCGAAAGUAUAAAAAUAGGGAUGAGGUAAUCCAAGCUCUGCUGUGUUCUGCGUAUAUUCCUAUUUUUAGUGGGUUUGUUCCCUUAACUUUUAGAGGUCAGCCUGUGGUCGAUGGCGGUUUAUCAAACAAUUUACUUAGCAUAAACCAACAGACUAUUAAAGUUAGUCCAUUUGCUGGUGAUUCAGAUAUAUGUCCACUAGAAUCAAAAUGGGGCCCACAGUAUCAUAGAGCUCAGCCACAAAAGUACGAAGAUGUGUUAGGUUCAAUCUCAUUACUGAAUCUUUCAAUGAGCUUCAACUUAACAAAUAUUAAACGUUUAGUGGGAAUGGUGUGGCCAAUGGCUCCUGAUCAGUUGGUCAACUUAGCCAACCAAGGUUAUGAUGAUGCGUUACGGUUUUUAAUUACACGUGGUUUUAUCGCUUGUCGUAUACAUCAAACUCCAAGAGAAUUUUCAAAUAUUUCUCGAAUGAAAUCACGAAACUCUCCACGGAUUCGUCGAUUACAUAGUUGUGAUUCACUUGUAUCCAGUAAAAUACAUAAUGAUUCAGAUAGUAAUCAAAAUCGCUACCCUGAAACAAGUUCAGUUGUUCGAACGGUCAAAUCCUCUAAAUUUAUUGGUUCCGCACCUAAAAAAUUAAUUAGCGGCUCUGGGAUCGGCCUAAAUGUAGCUCACUGUUGUGCAUGUCGAAAUGAAUUGUAUAGGGCGAUUAACUCUUCGUUACCUUCUUCAUUGAGUUCACUUAUUAGAGAUGGUACAAAAAUUCCACAAUCAUAUUUAAACUGUAUUCACAGUCAUCUUUGGGUGUAUGGAUCAUCUUUGUGCUCAAUGAGUUUUAAACUGGUUGGUUUUCCUCUGAGGUUACAAAUUAAAUCUCUAAUAUAUGUUAUCUCCAGAUGUGUAGGGGCUUUAGAACAAUCCCAUAUUGGUACUUAUCACUUACUCAGUUUGUUGGAUCUUUUAAAAGAGUCUCAGUGGUAUCUUGAAACAGUGAACGAAACAGAACAAACUUCGACUAGUACACUAAAUAAAGCAAUCGAUAAAACGAUACCAAUGUCCUUAGAUUCAGAUACCAGAAAGAGUUGUCAUCGAUUUUCUACAAACUGUCAUCCAGUUAUUUCAAUGAUAAAUUCAAUUUUUUGGAAGGGAGCUGAUCGCUUGAGUGGUUUGAUUUUACGAUUAAAUUCGUUUGAGUUACCAACAGCCAUGGACUGUGGAUUAGAAUUACUUUCUUACUCACAACAAAAGAGUGUCGCUAAUCCGUGUUUGUUACAUAUGGAUGAUCUGGAGUCAGAUAUCAGUCAGGCGGAUUGUAAAUGUAAGGUAGAAAAUAACGACAGUGGAAUUUGUUGCACACCAAGCAAUUCAGUUUUAGAAAACAAGUUUUUAUUAACCGAUAAUGUAAAUAUCGACUCCAGCACACCUUACUCAGAAUUUUAA